AUGUGGCGUAGAUAUGUAAUAUUUGGGCUGUUGGGUUUGGCUUCAAUUUUUCAGAUAGAGGCUACUUCCGGGUCCAGUUCUCAUCACCAAGCGCAAGCAGUCCUCGACACAGAUGGUAAUCAACUCCAAGCUGGAAGAGAAUAUUACAUUGUUUCAGCUAUCCGAGGAGGCGGAGGAGGUGGAGUAACUAUUGGUAAAAGAGAAAGUUCAAGUUCAAGUUCACGCACACCCACUGUGAAACAACACUCCUACGACAUGAACUUGGGUAGCCCUGUUACUUUCACUCCGGCAUCUAAUUCCUCCAAAGAGAUGCUUAUUUGGGAAGAAUUUGAUGGAGUUCGAUACCUUAGAUCAGAAGAAAAUAGAAUCAAAGAGCAAGUCGAUUUGAAUAUUGGGUUCUCAGGACUAAAGAGAGUUUGGCAAGUCGAGGAAGCCAACAGUGAUGCAUCAUCAUCAUCUAGCCAAACAACAAGAUAUGUGACACUUAGAGGCCAACCAGGCCAUCCAGGAGCCUCCACUGUCGGGAACUGGUUUAGGAUAGAAAGGAUUAGCAGGUCAAGCCCCGAGUAUCGAAUCACCUACUGUCCUAGCGUAUGCGAGUCUUGCCAUGUUGAAUGUGGAAAUGUUGGGAUUAGAAAGGAGAACGGGAAGAGGUGGCUUUCAGUGUCACAACAUAGAGAGUUCCCAUUUGUAUUUAUGAGGGCGAGACACUCCAGUGAUGAGUAG